CCAGCGCGGCAAAUGCUUUCUAGACCUAAAUCUGGAGCAUAUUCUCCAGCACCCAAGGAGCAUCUUUAACCUCCAAGACAUGGCUGCCCGAUACUCGUUGGGGAUGUCGUCGAUCGAGAGCGCGUUCAUCAAGCGCUCGCUGGAUCCAGAGAAUGUGAGUUCCUCUCCUUCCAAUUGCUCCUCGAUCCUUGGCGAGGCGAAGAAGAACCUCAUCGUCACAGCGGCAGCGUCGCCAAACGGUAUGGCCUCGUCCAAGCCGAUCACCAACUCCUCGGGCGCGCAAUGGCAGAGCGCUUGCGCGGUGGUGUCCAGCCAGUGGGCGGCGCAGAUCGAGAAGGAAUCGAGCAGCAAUGGCAGCACUGACAGUGGGCACAGCCGCAAAUCGACCACGCCCAGCAGCACCUCCUCCUCCUCCAUCACCAUCCAGGACGCGCGGCGCGGAUCCGCAUUCCGCGAGACGUUCAAGGAUCUGGUCACGCUCCCGCGGCCGCUGUCCAUCCAGGAUCUCGCCAUGCCGCCGGCGCACGGCUCCCAGCUUCGCGUCGCGUACCAGGGCGUCCCGGGGGCGUACAGCGAGUCCGCGGCAUCCAAGGCCUACCCGGGCUGCGACCCCGUCCCCUGCGAGCAAUUCGAGGCGGCGUUCCAGGCCGUGGAGCUCUGGAUCGCGGACCGCGCGGUACUGCCCAUUGAGAACUCCUUGGGCGGUAGCAUCCACCGGAACUACGACCUCCUGCUGCGUCACCGGCUGCACAUCGUGGGGGAGGUGCAGCUGGCGGUACACCACUGCCUGCUGGCGGUACCGGGCGUACGGAAGGAGGAGCUCCACCGCGUGAUCAGCCACCCCCAGGCGCUGGCUCAGUGCGAGAACACGCUUACCCGGCUGGGCGUGGCGCGGGAGUCCGUGGAGGAUACCGCCGGUGCCGCGCAGCUCAUCGCCCAGAACCCGCUGGCGAUGCGCGACACCGGGGCGGUGGCCUCCUCCCGCGCCGCCGAGCUGUACGGGCUGGACGUGCUCGAGGAGGACAUCCAGGACGAGGAGGGCAACAUGACGCGGUUCCUCAUGCUGGCGCGCGAGCCCAUCAUACCGCGGACGGACCGCCCGUUCAAGACGAGCGUCGUGUUUGGGCUCGAGGAGGAGUCCGCCGGCUCGCUGUUCAAGGCGCUGUCCGCGUUUGCGCUGCGCGGCAUCAAUCUCACCAAGAUCGAGAGCCGGCCGCAGAGGAAGCGGCCGCUGCGCGUGGUGGACGAUAGCAACCACGGCACCGCCAAGUACUUUGAGUAUCUCUUCUACAUCGAUCUCGAGGCGUCCAUGGCGGAUCCGCGGGCACAGAACGCGCUUGGCCAACUCCAGGAGUUUGCGAGCUUCCUCCGGGUGCUCGGGAGCUAUCCCAUGGACAUGACGCCGGUGUCCAAGACCGUGCCGUGCGACACAGACGAGGAGCUCGGGGAGGUGGCGGCGGCGGCGGUGGAGCGUCCGUCGCGGGCGGUGAACGGUGCGUGCAACGGCGCUGCCGCGUGAUUCUUUCUUCUUUCCAGACUGUAAGAUUGGAAUUUCAUGGAAAGCAGAAAGAGCGACAGAACACACCAAGAGCGUUGUUUCCAAGUGGUGAUUUUCUUGUGGGAUUCCACUGCCAGAAUAAGAUAGAUAUUUUUUUGCGCA